AGCUGGCCGGCUCUGCGCGUAGGUAGCUCCUCCUCCUCCGCCUCUCCCGAGCCGCAGGCACCUGGGCGGCUGCGGUGGAACUGUUUUUGUGCCCGGCUCCGGGGGCCCGCGACGGCCGCUGCACGCCCGGGUCCAUUGUUUCUGUCUCUUCCGGGCAGGUGCCGGCGGCGCGCAGGGGCCGCACGUGCCCAAGCGGCGGCCGGCGCGCAGGGACCCGCGGGCGCCGGCAGGGGCGUCCCCGGGCGCGCGGCGGGGGAUGAAGUACCUGAAGCCGUGGUGGUCGGACGGCGGCAGCCUCCUGCACCUCACCAUCCUGCUUAGCUUGGCGGGGCUUCGCCUGGACCUGGACCUCUACCUGCUGCUCCCGCCGCGGACCCUGCUCGGAGAUGAGCUUCUGCUCUCGGGCGGCCCGACGAGCCCUGCCUACGCGCUCAGCCCCUUCCCGGCCUCAGGAGGGUGGAGGCGCGCCGAGCUCCUGCACCCUAAGGGCCGGGAGCGGGACCCCGUGGCGCCGCCGGAGAGCCAGCUGCUCCGGGAGGUGCGCGCGCUAGGGGUCCCCUUCAUUCCCUGCACCCGAGUGGACGCGUGGCUGGUGCACAGCGUGGCUGCCGGGGAAGCCGACGGGGCCCACGCGCUGCUCGGCGCCGCCGCCGCCUCUUCGGCCGGAGGAGUGGGCGCCGGCGUGAACGGCGUUAGCCAGGCUGCGCCGGGUAGCGGCGGGAAUCCCAGAGCGGCUCCGAGUAGCCCCUUGGCCGCCGGGGAGGAGGAGAAGGCUCCCGCGGAACCGACGGCUCAAGUGUCGGACGCCGGCGGACACGCGAGCGAGGAGAAUGAGGUACUAAGAGCUGUGGAUCACAGUUCCCAGCAUGAGGAAAAUGAGCAAAGAGCAUCAACCCAGAUGGAGACAUCACUACAGCAGAAGAAUGAAGAAAAUAAAGUAGCAGAUAAACCUGCCUGGGAGGCAGAAAAGACCUCUGAACCUAGAAACGAGAUACAUCGAAAUGGAACAGACACAGUUUUCUCUCUGGAAGACUUAUUUCAGUUGCUUUCAUCACAGCCUGAAAAUCCACUGGAGGGCAUCUCACUGGGAGACAGUCCUCUCCCAGGAAGUAUCAAUGAUGGCAUGAAUUCUCCUACACAUUAUAAUGCAAAUUAUAGCCAGGCUGUAAGUCACGAUGUAAAUCUCCAUGAGGCCAUGUUGUUGUGUCCUGACAAUACAUUUAGAAGGGAUCCAGUAGCAAGGACUUCACAGCCACAAGAACUAUUUCUGCAGUUAAAUUCUCCUCUUACCAAUCCUGAACAGACCCUUUCUGGAACUAAUUUGACAGGAUUUCUUCCAUUUGACAAUCAGGUGAGGGACCUAACAAACCAAGACCUUCUGUAUGACCUUGAUGUAAACGUAUUUGAUGAGAUAAAUUUAAUGUCUUUGGCCACAGAAGAAGGUUUUGAUCCAAUGGAAAUUUCUCAGCUUUUUGAAGAACCAGAUUCUGAUUCUGGGCUUUCCUUAAACUCAAGCCACAAUAGCACCUCUGUCACCAAGUCUAACUCCUCGCACUCUAUAUGUGAAGGUGCUUCACUUUCUAGUAGUGAAUCUCUUUCCCACCGUGACUUAGAAGGGGCUGUAGGAGGCUACUACCCAGAGCCCACUAAACUUUGUCACAUGGAUCACAGAAGUGAUUCUCAUUUUCAUGGGGACUUUGCAUUUCAACCUGUAUUACAUAACCACACUUACCACUUACAGCCAAGUGCACUAGAAUCCACUUAUGAAUCUUUUUCAUGGCCUGGGAAGUCACAGAAAAUAAGGCGUGGGUACCUCAAUGACACAGACAGAAACUUAAGCCGUGAUGAACGGCGUGCUAAAGCUCUGCACAUCCCUUUUUCUGUGGAUGAAAUUGUCCAGAUGCCUGUAGAUUCUUUCAACAGCAUGCUAAGCAGGUACUAUUUGACAGAUUUUCAAGUGUCGCUCAUCCGUGAUAUUAGACGAAGAGGGAAGAAUAAAGUUGCUGCUCAGAACUGCCGUAGGCGCAAACUGGAUGUAAUUUUGAAUCUGGAAGAUGACGUAUGUAACUUGCAAGCAAAGAAGGAAACCCUUAAGAGAGAGCGAUCCCAGUGUCACAAAGCUAUAAAUAUAAUGAAACAGAAACUGCACGAUCUCUAUCAUGAUGUUUUUAGUAGGUUAAGAGAUGAUGAAGGUAGGCCAGUCAAUCCAAACCAGUAUGCUCUUCAGUGCAGCCGUGAUGGAAGUGUUUUGAUUGUACCCAAGGAAUUGGUGACCCCAGGCCAAAAAAAGGAAAACCAAAAAGGAAAACGAGAAAGUGAGAGAAGAAAUUGAAGAUGGAUUCCAUCCAUACGCAUAAAGUCGUAAUGUUCAGAAACUGAUCAAAAACCAUUGAAUCUGCUUCGAAGUUUAGCUCAAGCGUUAUCUACUGCUACUUGAAUCACUCAGUUAAGGCUACAUUUUGAAGCUUAUAUGGACCAGUUUAGGACUUCAAUAUCAGACUUGGGGGCCUGUUUCAUGAACUAAUGUAGAAAUAGGGUGACGUGAUGGUCCCUUCAAAGAGAGCAAACACAUUUCAAAACAUGUUUUUAUGAUUUAAAAUAUUUUCAUUUAGAGUUUUCAAGAACUGUUUUAGCUUAAUUGAUGAAAACUUAUGUAGCUUUUUCUGUGGAAAUAAAUUUUGUAUUUGAUUUUAUAAAGUACUAACUUUCCCCUUUUAUACAGAAAUCCUAAGCAAACUUCUCUUCCAAAAUACCCACAUUUAAAAACACAGGUGAAUAUCUAGCAAAUCAGGCAGCAGUGUUAAAUUUUAAAAACUACACAAAUUGAUCAGACUCAAGUCAAACCGAAUAUAGUCAACACUGAACUGACAAGUGAAAUCCCACCCCCCCCUUAGACCUAACACAUAAAACAUGACAUGAAAUAGACCAAGCUCUACACCAGGAUGCCCAAACAAAACAAAAUAAAAAUAAAAUAAAAUAUUACUGCAUUAGGCUUUAACACCUGAAGACAAAGAGCGUCCCUGCCUCCCAUAACUAGAGUUGCCUGCAUAUACAAAAAUAGGACUAAUUCCCUGACAGUAAAAGCCAGCCUGUAGGGAUAGCUCCACAUCUAGAACACUGACAGCUCACACCAAAAAAAACCCUAACUUGCUUAAAUAUGUAAAGAUUUAAUCAAGAAUGUACAGGAGGCCCUACAAGAACUCAGACCACCACUAAGGGAUGAUAAGCACAGACUUUGUAAAGAAAUGAAAAUACUGAAGCAAAAUGAAAGAUAUACAGAGGCAAAAAGCCAUUUGAUAAAAAGGACAAUAGGAAUGGCACUUGAAAUGAAACCUCAAGAAUUUUCUGAAGACAACUGCCCUGUCACGGUUUGAGAACAUUAACAUGAAUAGUCUAAUAUCAAAAUUAGAAUCAAGGUUGUCAGAUGUUUUCUGCGGUUAUAACUGCCCCAAAACGUAAAUGUCACAAGUCAAAGUUAUUUUGGGUUACAGAAAUGCAGGGUGUGGGUUUUUAUAGUAAACCUUUAUACUUCAAAUUGGAGCUAGCAAUUUGUUCCAAGCCCCACGUAGUAGCAAAAUGCUUCUAGAUGCAAGUUUCGCUCUUCUAACCAGUUUUGUGCAAUAACCACUUUUUCGAUGGUGACAGGCUGGCUUUUUGCAAGGGAGCCCACCUCAGAUGUCUUAGCUUCUUAAAUACAGAGCUUCAAGGCACAUUCUUUCAAGUCUACAUACAAUGUAAAAUGCCACAACCAAUUAUAAGUUUUGAAACUGCAGGUAUCCCAAUUUGCUCAAUUUCAGUGCUUGCUCUUGUCAGGCUCAGCAUUCUCCCCAAUCCCUGAAAAUAUCCAGAACAUCAAACGGGCAAAAAAGAGGCGCACAGCAGAGACAGCUGGGAUUCAGAACAUUCGCAGCAACUGAAAAUUUGAGAUCCAUGAGGUAUUUGGUGCACUAGUGACCAAAGGUCAACGAAUGCAGCUUUCACCAGCCAGUUUCAUCUCAUUUGCCAUAGUCUAGUUUCUGGACAGUCCCUUUGAACAAAUACCACACUGCUUUCCAUCACUGAUGUCAGCAGUGAAAUUUUCACACCACUAUUUUAGCCUAAGCUCCCUACUUACAGAUUAAGAUACACCAAGAUUGAAUAUUCUGCUAGUUCAGUAGUCUUAAAAAAAAAAAGCCAGGUUUUAUCAGUUGAAAGGAAUAGGUGGAGUGUUGAGAAAUUUUGAUUCUCAAGCUUUUAUAAACAGAUCAAAAUGUCAAGUUCUAAUGGAAGCCAUAUGCAUUUUAAUUUUACUGACUGUUGAACAGCUGUUAGCUAUCUGACCCAUUCCUUAAAUAGUGAAAUCACUCUUCAGCUAAUCUGAACAAGACAUGGAUAAACAGUCAAGACUUACUUGAAUUGAGAAACAGUUCCAUCAAUCAAGGUUAGGGGGAUGAUAAACUUAAGUUCCCAAGUGUCUCGAAGUAUUUGGGGGUUUAAAUACAGACUGUAGCCGCAAAAGGACCCACAGAACUAGGUAAGAUCAGCAGUGUUUACACCUGUAAAUCUGGUAGUCUGUAUAACUGGCCUUCGGCCUCUUUGAAGCAUGUUUUUUGCUAGGCAUCAUUUUCCCUCCUGAUUUCAGUGGACUGGCCCAAACUUACAUUUUUUGCUACUCCCAACAUAAAAGCAGUCUUACCUUCCUUACCUAUAGAAAAUACUGUUAUUCCUGAAAUCAUCCCUUUGUCAUAGAAUUACAUCAGUUGAGAAUUAAAAGUGAAAUCUGGUUCCGACAGGCGCUCAGCAUCUCAUUUGUCCUUUUCCUAUUAAAACCUUAUUUACUUUUCGUAGCUAACAACAGGCCAUGAUGAAAUCCUCACAGGGAAAUAGAACUAUUGCGUGUAAUCUUCAAGCAACGUGUGCUCAAUAUGAUUUGGAUAUCUGGGUUCCAUUUCUAGGCUGGCUCCAGUUCAGCACUGACCUUUAGAAUACAGGAGCAGUUAAGAAGUCAGCCCAGCUGCCAGAACAACAAAGUGAACAAAGUCAUCCUAUGGAGUACAUAUUAGUGCUUAAUAAUUUAAAUAUUUUUCACUUAAAUAGUUUAGUUGCAGUAAUAGCAGAGCAGCAUUAGAAUCAUUGGGUAGGGGGACUUCCCUGGUGGCGCAGUGGUUGAGAGUCCGCCUGCCGAUGCAGGGGACACGGGUUCGUGCCCCGGUCCGGGAAGAUCCCACAUGCUGCGGAGCGGCUGGGCCCGUGAGCCAUGGCCGCUGAGCCUGUGCUCCGCAAUGGGAGAGGCUGCAACAGCGAGAGGCCCGCGUACCGCCAAAAAAAAAAAAAUCAUUGGGUAUACCACCUGAGAAUAUUUGUUCCAAACUUUAGACUGAUUUAAAAUAUAACUAAGCCACAAUGUAAACACGCACUUUGGGUAUACUGAGAUUAGUGAUGUUUUCUACCUUCUGCAAAGGCACCACAUAUCCACACGUUUGAACUAGUAAUUGUCAUUACUAAGGAACCAAGACACGAUUCUUUUAAAGCCUCCCUUAAUUGCCUCAGUACUUUUAAAUAUUAAGAAUCACUUCAGACCAACUUUAACAUACUCAUGCACUUAAUCGCAAUACUGAAAACCACACAGAAGAUCCAAUUUCAAAAGCUUUUACCAAAGAGGAAAACACUCCAGGUAUGGGAGCCAUCCCCCAAGAUGGCUCCCAAUAUCGUGCUUUUUGGUCGUCAUGUGAGUAAAACCCUCCCCUCCCACACUGUGAUCACACGAUAACUUACAAAAACACUGGUUGUAUUUCGAAGAUUCUUUUGUUGCUUCACUAUGGGUAAAGGAAAUAGCCAGUACCAACCUUCAGUCCUGUCAGCAGGCCAUUUUGGAUUCAAAUAUUCCAGCCCAAGUCAUGUUUUCCCUGACUUACACACAACCCUAAGUUUCAGCUAGAAAUCGCACAGCUAAGCUGUUUCCAAACUGCUGACCUACAAAAACAGUGAGGUGAAAAUUUUAAGUUCUCUAAAAUAUUUCCUUUUAGAACAAAACCGUCCUUAAAUCUCAAUUUCUAAAAGAAAAUUAGCAGCUCAACACACACAACAUAUACACACACAAAAUACUCAACAUUACCUAUUGCAUGUUUCAAUAAACUAUGUCAUUUCGCCCCGUCAAUACGUAAUACAGAUGUCUUCCCCUAUUUGUGCUAGUGUUAAAUGCUGGGUAUUUUAGGGUUGUAUUAUACCAACUUGAUUUAUCUUCAGAAGUUAACUUCUUUGAAGAGCUAGACAUUUUUAAGACAUUAAGAAUUAUUUUUUCCUAGUAAACCCACAGGCAAAUGUAAACAAAUUUAUAGCUGACAAUGGACGCAAAGCUCAUCUUCCGUUAGCCAUCAUUAGUUUGACUUACCUGUGAGAUACCUCGUAUCAAAACCAAAAGAGAUAGUUAGAACAAGUCAACUUUACUUUGUCCCCUACUAUUUUUCUGGUUUUUCAUCAUUUCAGGUGAACAUCCAAGUAAGAAACUCACUGCUUGCUAUUAAAUUUUAUCCACCAUGUUUAACCCUUCAAGACAACCACCUGAUACUAAGUGUAUAACGAAACAGAGCUAAUUCACAUUUGAGAGAAACUAAUGACAGAUUUUGUCUCAGUGCCUUUUGCAUAGCCACUUAAACUUGGUUGGACCACUUUAGCUGGUUAGAAUCUGUAAUGACUUUUAAAACACCACCAGCAAUGUUAAACAUACAAAGCAAAGCCAGAAAUCUGUAGCAUUAUUCAAACCAUGUAUAUACAGUGUAUAAAGAAUGGCAUUUUAUUAGGGACAGCCAAUAAUGUCCACAGUGCUUUUCUCGUUUGUCUAUCCAUAUUGAAAGGAAAAUGGCAAUAUGCAUUGCUUUGUGAAACUGCUUUAGAAAUCUAGUGGAUGGCAAUCCUUUAGACAACUUAAUGUUCAUAGAACAAGAUUCACAUUUUAUGUGUAAACAUUACACCAAGUAUUUGAAUACAAAAGUAUUUAUUUUAAUAAACUUUAUAUUUAAAAUAGAAUUUUAAUCUGUCUACUCACAAAACCUAAUUCAAAACACGAUACAUUUCUCUCUCUAGCUGAACUGAUGUUACUCUGUUACAAACAAUACUCAAUUUGUAAUUGUUUUAUAUUAAGAACCUGUACUAAAUGAAGUCUGUUAUUUUAUCAGAAAACAUUUCCCUUUAAUCUUAAAGAGUGCUUUUUAAAAUGAAGGCACCAACAAGAACUACUUUCAGAUGGUACAGAAUUUCUUAUUUCUUGAAGAUUCUGUGGUUGACCACUUCUUCAUUAGUUACCUGCAGCAAGACACCUUCCUGCCAAAGGAAAAAAAAAGUAUCUGAAGAAGUUUAUCAUGUUUGUCCAAAGAACCUAAAUAAUUUCAGUGGUGGUCUUAGGAUCAAAGAAGACUCACAGGUGCAUACAGUAGAAUAUGCCCUGAUUAUCACAUUCCUGAAAAGGCAAUAAAGCCAGGCAAUCAAUCUCUGAUGACAUCUAAGAAAUGAAACUUCAGCAGCCAACCUACCUCUCUCCUAUAGGUUAGGGAUUGGGAAAGAAUUACCACAUUUAAACCUAAGUAUUUAGAAUUGGAUAUAUACAAGAUUUAUAAUGUAGACACUUUUAUUCAUAAAUAUAAAUUAUCUGAAAGUAGAUUUAACCAUCUUGCCCUACCUUCUCCUUAGCCUGAUCCUGAUAAGCAUGUAAAGCUAGAACCGUAUCAAAAUAACAGAAGAACAAAACGUCUUUAUUUUUAAUAAAAAAAAAUCCCUAGUUCACUCAAAACGCUUGAUCCAAGAAAUGUGAAUACACAAGGGUGUAACGAUGGGAAAUUUCAUGAUUCAUUCAACUUGCAGCCUAACUUUUACCUACCAUUUCACUACCAACACCACUGAAGGAACCAAGAAAAGCUUUAUUAAUGAUCACUUGGCUUGCCUCAGCUGUUGAAAUGAAGCACUUUACAGUCUUUGUGGCAGCAGAAUAUACGUGUCCAUGGUUCAUAUCAAUGCUAAAAUUCCAGCAGGGAAAAAAAUGAUAUGUUAAGCACCUGAAUCUUCAUAGAGGGGGAGGGGGAUGGGAAAGAAGGAAAAAAAGGGGAAAAAAAACAACCAAAAUAAUUUAAGUAAAUGACAGAUUGGAAAACAGGGUUUAUAAAAUUAUUCUCUUGAGUUUAUAAAUUGUUAAACUCAAUUUAUAGCUAUGUUAAACUACAUGAGAACCACUAUACUGAAAGACCAUUAAAGAGUAUUAGUUUAUCUUUUGGGGAGGAAAAUUAAGAAAGGAAAAGUAAAUGAGAUCUUACCUAAAGAAGUUUAACUGAAGCUUAGAACUAUUUUGCUCUACACCCUCAGCUUUCGUUGGCAUCCUUAUAAACUACUGUAGUUAAAGCUUUGUAGAAACAGCACAGUUUCUUAAGACUGGCUGAACUUAGUAGCCGUCAAGAGUUCUCUUGUACUAGACCUGUAUCCCUGAAGAGUACCUCGCUGGGGUUAUUUCCUUUCCUUGCAUUGAAGAAGCAGCAUCUAAAAGAUCUAAAAAGGUGUUUCUCCUUGCAGAGAUAUCCCUUAAGUUAUCUAGAUAAUUUAAUCCUGAUGAAUUGCAGACAACACACUUGUAUCUGACCAGCAUUUAUCUUACACAAAUAUAACAACAGCUUUGCAAUGGACCUUAAUUAUACUACCCACUCCUUAACUUAUUUAAAAUAAAAAGUCUAUAAUUACACAAUUUCCUUUAGAAUUAUUUUAUUAAAUCAUAAAUGUACAACAGCUUCUUAACUCUACACACGCACUUAAAUUUUUUUUAAAGGAAAAACGUUAUGUCUUAUUACACCAUGAUCCUGGCUAAUAGCUUUUCAAAACUUUGAGAAAAAUCUUAAAAAAGGUUUCACAUGUCACCUGAAACUUACAAAUUUAACAUUAUCAAAGAAGGAAUGCUUCUACACUCUUACAAAGACCACUAGAAAGAAACAACAAUUAAAAAGCUAAGAAACUGUCUCAAAGGCAUUUUUUUUUUUUACAAUCCUUCCUCCACAGUAAGGUAAUGUUAUUAAAUAAUCCAAUCCAUUCACAAAAUGG